CUGUCCACAGGUGCACCAGCCGUGAUGCAGCAGCCACGAGUGGAGACGGAUAUCAUCGGGGCUGGCGAGGGACCCCAGCGGGCAGUGCCCUGGUCAGCCUGGGUCACCCGUCAGGACUGGGUGCGCUGGUGGGCAUGCCACUUGCCCCGGAGCUGGUCCCAGUGGUGGAAUACAUCAGGUUGGCGGCAACCUCUACAGCAUAUGCUAUGGGGUCUGGAGGGAACACUCUACCUGCUGCUGUCCCUGAUGCUAUGUCAUGCACUCUUCACCACGGGCUCCUACCUGCUGAGCUCCCUGUGGCCUGUGGUGGCUGUGGUGUGGAGCCACCUGCUGCCAGCUAUCCUGCUGCUGGUACUCAGUGCCCUGCCUGCUCUGCUCUUCGCGGCCUCCUUCCUGCUGCUCUUCUCCACGUUGCUGAGCCUCGUGGGCCUCCUUACCUCCAUGACUCACCCAGGCUAUGCUCAGGACUUGGACCAAUAG